GCCAGUAAGCGAUCCACCAUAUGAAGACGCGCACCGUGUUUUAAUUCAGUGAGUCGACUUAUCACCAUGAAGAUCACAAUUAUAGUUAUUGCAAUAAUUACUUACAGUUUUAUGGGAUGUGAAUCACAGAGAGACAAAUUAGGUUCACAGAAAUUUCAGUGUAAAAAUGGUCGGUGCAUAGAACGUCGUCUAACAUGUAAUGGACGGGCAGAUUGUGAAGACGCAUCCGAUGAAACUUAUGCAGAAUGUACUAAAAGGGUGUGCCCUGAUUAUAUGUUCCGAUGCUCUUAUGGUGCAUGUGUAAAUGGAGAUGCAAUCUGUAAUGGAAUAAAUGAUUGUAUUGAUGGUAGUGAUGAAACACUACCGAAAUGUACCAGACAGAAUUCAGCUCCCCCAUGUUUAGGAAAUCAAUUUAAAUGUGACAACGGACAAUGUAUUGCAGGAUAUGAUUUGUGCGAUGGUACUGCUGAUUGUAUAGAUGGUUCAGAUGAAACACUUCGCCAAUGUGCAAGAAUUAACUGCGUAGAUAUUUUUUUCCGUUGUAACUACGGUGCUUGUAUUUCUGCCGAUUUGAAAUGUAAUGGAGUUACAAAUUGCGUGGAUGGUUCCGAUGAAAAUCCAAUCCUUUGCAAAAAUAAUACAGGAGUUGCAGCUGAUACGUCCUUUGCUUUUGCACAAGCACCUCCAUCUACUACUAUAUCACCUACUUCGACUUCUACAACCUGCAUUGUACCACCACCGCCAACAAAUGGUUAUACGAAGUUAUACAAACCAAACUGCUGCAGUUCUACAACAAAUUCUCAAUCUUGUAAUUAUUGUGACGUUCCCAUUGGUACUAAAUUAAAACCAGGAGAAUAUUUAGUUUAUAAUUGUUAUCCUGGUUAUGAACUUAAAGGUCAUAAUCAAGUAUUUUGUAGUCGAGACGGUCAAUUGUUAAAUAUUCCAGUUUGCACAGAAAUACGCUGUGAACCAUUGGAAUCAAAUUUAAGAAGUGCUACGUGUCAAUUCCAAGGUACCCUUGUGCCGUGCCAAUCUUCGGUUUUGCCUGGUACAGAAGCAAGAUUAAAAUGUCGCCUUGGCCAUCGUCGAGAUACGACGUUGCAAUUUACAUCGGAAAUUACUACGUGUAAUAAAAAUGGCCAAUGGGAUCCGCAACCGAUGGAAUGUCUUCCAGGAUCGAUAACAAUAAAUAUUCAUACUGGUCAAACCGUAUUGCACACUGAUGUAGAAAAUAACAGUUCUACAUUGGUAGAAGUUUUACCAGAUAAAAUUAUUAUUUACCCAAAUAGAACUAUAAAUGAUUACCCAGACAUUGAUAUUAGAGUGAAUAGCGGAAAUAACAGUACAGAUGUCAGGACUUAAUAAAAAUUGAGAAUUUAAUCUUAAAAAUGUGUCAUAAAAAAUUUUCAAAAUUAAAUUAAUGUAUAU